GCAGGGGGUGGGGGAGCUGCAGCUCGGCCUCAGUUUCCCCAAAUUUCCCCCCUCCCGUGUCCCACAGGAGGAUCUGGGUCCCGAGGAUGGAUCUGAGCAGGAGAAGCCAGUGGGGGAAGGGGAGAAGGAGAAGGAGAAGGAGGAGGAGGAGGCUUUUCUGGUCAGUCUCUACAAGUUCAUGAAGGACCGACACACCCCCAUUGAGAGGAUCCCCCACCUCGGCUUCAAGCAGAUUAACCUCUGGAAGAUCUACAAAGCUGUGGAGAAGUUGGGAGCCUAUGAGCUGGUGACAGGGCGCCGGCUCUGGAAGAACGUUUACGACGAGCUCGGAGGGAGUCCCGGCAGCACCAGCGCUGCCACCUGCACCCGGCGCCACUAUGAGAGGCUGGUCCUUCCCUAUGUGCGGCACCUCAAGGGGGAGGAGGACAAGCCGCUGCCCCCCAGCAAACCUCGCAAGCAGUACAAGGGCUCCAAGGAUGACAAGAGCAAGAGGGCCAGGAAGGAGAAGGGCAGGGAGCAGAUGCCUCCGGACAAGGUGAAAACAGAGGUGGCAGCUGGCACCGAGGACACCUGGGACAUCCCAGAGCAGGGCCGGGUGGCCCAGGGAUCCAUCCCAGCAAUGCCACCCCACUGCUCCAGCUUGGCAAUCCUGACCCCCAUCCCCUCGGGGGGGCGUCCCAGCCCCUGCCAGACCCAGAGCGAGACCUACAAGUGCCUUUUCUCCAGCUUCUACUCCAAAGGGAACCACCCCAUCAUGUCCCCGCUAGCCAAGAAGAAGCUGCUGGCCCAGGUGAGCGAGGCUGAGUCCCGGUGCUGCCACAAACGCCACUGCCUCGAGGGCCGGUGGGCACCAAGCGCUGCCACCACCAGCCACAACCCGCCCCGGCCGGCCCCUGAGAGAAGCCCGGAGCCCUCGGGAGCUCAGGAUACAGUUCCGAGCAUCAGGAAUGAGGUGGGACCCUCCACCAGCACAUCCCCCGGGGGUACAGACACCCAGGGGUGCCCCCGGGCCGAGAAUGGGCGUCCGGCACCUGCCGUGUUCACUGGCUACUUCCAUGCCUACCGCAGCGAGGGGCUCCCGCCCAGUGCCCCCCAUCCACUCUGGGGGUACUUCUCCAACCUGAAGGAUUUUUUGGAGCCGCCUCCUGCCUUCCCAGAGCCAGAGCAGCCCCAGGACCUGCGGAGCAAAGCGUGGGAGAGCCAGGGGGCUGCCGUGCAGGCCUGGGUGCCCCCCCGGAGCCGGCCCGCUGCCAGGGCCAGGCAUGGCCAUGAGGAGGAGGAGGAGGAUGAUGAGGAGCCCUUUGGCCCCAAAUUUGGUGCCGUGUCCCCCUUCCCCAGGGAGGCCGAGGGCAGGGACAUGGGCUCCAGCCCCCCGGGGGGCCACCGCGGGCUGGCCAAGCCCAAGGCCGUGGUGGCCAGUCCCAGCUUUGCUGCACUGCACUUCCCGCCAAGCUUCGGGAGCCCCCUGGAGCACCUCAAAACUCAGGGUGUGCCUGUGGCCCCUGCGCUCUCUGCCAACCCCUUUGUCAUCCCGGCCUUUCCCAGCCCCUUGGUGGUGGGCUCCACGCAGCCCCCGGAGCUGUGCCGGCCGCUGGGCACCAGCCCCGGGCACUACCCCAAUUCCUACAGGAAUUCCCUGCGCCACCGGUCCUACCCAUGGCACAGCCACCAUUCCUAUGGCUCCCAGCACGUGCCAGCCUUCCACCGCCACACCAAGCUGUAGGAAUUCCAUCCUGUGGAGGAGGGAAAGGCCAGGAUGCCCCACCGGGAAGUGCCAGGGCCAUCACCGCUCCGGGGCUGAGAGGGGACAAUCUAGACCGAGUCAUUUUUACUCUUUACUCUUGAUCUUGAGCUGUUUGUAUCCAACCUUGUUACGGUGGUGACUUAAUUACAUAUCACAUAGUUCUAUAUAUAUUUUAUAUACACACCUAUAAAAAGGGAGCAAAAUGAA